GUCAAAAUGGAAACAUCAUUCCCGGACGGAGAGAGUAUUUGAUAGCCUAUAUUAUUAUCUUCCACCAGAGCCGAAUAUCGUACCAUGGCUAUAGUUCCAAUAACGACUACUUUUUGAAUACAAUCAAGUUUCCUAAUCUCUAUUUGAAAUCCACCGCGUAAGAAAUAAGCUAUAUAUAAGAGGACUGUGCGCCGCUUUGUGGAGUACAAAAUUCGAUCAGCGAGUGAGAGCCGGAAAAAAUGGCGACGACCACCGCGCGAAUCACAGACAUCAAAUGCUAUUCUUCAGCCGAUCCAAACUUCGGGCUAAUCUUCGUUAAAGCAAUCGUUAAGGCGAGGUACAGUAUUGGCGAAUCCCGCGUGAAUCUCAGAUUCGAUCCCGCCUCAGUUUUGUCUUCCGAGGUACAAGCUUUUGCCUUCUUCUCUAACAAAUUGGCCGAGAAUCUCGGCCUCGAGUGUGCCCCACUCGCGGCUGCAAUGGCCCGCUCUGCUCUCCACACGCGCGGCCCCGGGUUGCUGUUGAUGGCUCAGAUCGAGGUUGUUCACGCGCUCCGGAGACAAAUCCCGCCACCGCCGCCCCGGGCUGAGUUUCUCGACGGCGGGCUCAUUCUCAACGCCCACGAAACCGCCGCCCGUUUCCCGACCACACAAAGAGGAGGAGGAGGAGGGGCGAUGGCACACAGCCAGCCGCCGCGGUCGCAGCUAGAGGCUGAGCUUCUCGACGGCGGCCUCAUUCUCAACGCCGCCACCCUUUUCCCCAUCGGUGAAGAGUGGGAAUCCGAAUCAGAGAUCGACAGAUCGUAUGCUAGUGUGGUUGGGAACCAGGAUGAGCUGAAGUACAUCCCAGCUAUAGAGAGCAGAGGAAUCGCCCGGAAGCUUCGCCGGACUUCCGUCCAAUUGAGGAAGAUGGGGCAUAUGCAAGAAACCUGCAGGAAGAAAGGAGAAAGAGCUAACACAGUUAAAAGGAAAUUGAUCUGGAAGCCUAAGGAGACUAUGGGGAAAAGGAAGAACCUAAAGUUGCUGAAAAUAAGAACCCUAGCACAGAAGAAGAGAAAGAGAAGGGGGAAAACCCAGAACAUACUGAGGAUGGUUUCACUGAAGUUACUGGCCAAGCAAAACUGGAUUAAUGAAGGAGACCAGAGCUCAAGGCUCUUUUUUGCAUGGAUUAAGAAAAGAUCAAUCCAUAACCAGAUUAUUUUUAUCACCAAUGAGAAUGGAAAGAAGGUGGAAGGUAUGGGCAAAGUGGCAGAGGUGAUGGUGAGCUAUUUCCAAAGGAUGCUUGGGAACAGAUCCUGGAUUGAUCCCAUCCAAGAAGAAAUUAUCCGCAAGGGCCCUUGUUUAAACAUUGAACAACAACUUCAGCUUGUGGACCAUGUAUCCCCUGAAAUGAUUAAAAAGGCACUUUUCUAUAUACCCAACAGCAAGAGUCCAGGGCUUGAUGGGUACAACAGUGGUUUCUUUAAAAGAAACUGGAACAUUGUAGGAGAUCUGGUGAUCAAGGCCCGAAUUACAAUGACAGAUUCUAAAGAAGACGACGACAAGAUUUUCAGUUACCCAUCACCGCAGCCACUGCUCGGUGGGGAAACAGCCGCGCCGCCGCAGCCUGAAACUCCUGACGGCGUUAUUGGAUUCGAGCUUUCCUGUACCGUGGCCUGGCGCGCCGCUCUUUUGAAGGAGCGUUUUGCGGGCACAAUCUCCAAGGCAAGCAGUCAACUGCGGGGCUGUAACCACCACCAACACGGUGGCCCAGCGGCGGACACCCGACUUGAGGCUGUUGAUCAGAUGAUGAUGAGAAGCCGGCGGCGGCAGAUAGAGAGGGAGCGGAACGCCGCCAGGGCUGCAUUGGAAAAGGUUCAAAAGACGGUUGAGUUUAACGAUACUAUAAUGACUGAGUUUGAGAAUUUAAUAACAAUGAAUUGCAAUUAGUUCUUAUUUAGUGAGUGUAUUACUCCUUUGUAUAUACUCCAUUCCUCUUAAAAUUUUCUUCCCAAUUCAAUUUACGAGAUUUAGCUCAAAUUAUUUUUAAUUCAAUUUAUUAAAUUAUAAGCGUAAAAUUAAAAUAUACUUCUUCCGUCCCAAAAAGAAUGGAACGGUUUGACUUUUUGGGAAAUUAAGGGAGGGAUAUUUU